GAUCUUCUGGAUGCCGCUGCCGGUAGCCGGAACACCAAGCCAAGUCGCGUUCCUCUUUCACCGGAGCUCGCCGCCAGCUGUCACAGUUAGAAGCAAGCAGCUUCCAUUUCAAUCGCUUCGUCUGAUUCUACAACACAGGCAUAUCUAUGGAGAUAUCGUUGUUAAAUGUACUUGUUAAUGUGAUAUCCUCGUUUUCGCACUUAAGAUUUUCCAGAAACGUGAGCUCAGAACCUAUGUUGAAGUAUUACCAAAAGGAAGAGGAGAUACUCAAGCUGUUAAAGCCAACACUUGAAGCCAUCACUAAUACUGAUUUAGCCUCUGAUGAAGUGCUUCUGAAGAUAUUUGAAGAACUGAACCAGGCUGUUCAGGAACUUAGGGAGCUUUUCGAGAGUUGGCAACUAUUGUGUAGCAAAUUUUACAUUGUUCUACAAGUUGAAUCCUUGAUAUCUAAGAUUCAGAUUAUGGCACUCAACAUUUUCAACCAACUGAAAGCUUCCCAUCAAUGUCUCCCUAAUGGAUUAAGUUUUUCACACAUAGAGCACUGUAUUGAGAAAGUAAAGAAUUUGGGACAUGAAGAAACAUCAUUUAUCAUCAAGGAAGCUAUCAUGGAACAAGUGGAAGGCUUAGGUCCUAGCUCAGAGGUCCUUGAAAAACUUGCUGAGAAUUCGGGCCUGAGCUCUAAUCAAGAGAUUCUGAUUGAGGCUUUGACACUUGAAAAGUUGAAGGAAAAUGCAGAGCAGAUUGAAAAUACUACAGAAGCUGAAUAUCUACGCCAGAUAAUUACUCUUGUAACUUACAUGCAUGAGAGACUUAUAAUGCUCAAGGAAGCCCAGAUCUCUAGCCAAGUUCCAGUACCUGCAGAUUUUUGCUGUCCUCUCUCUUUGGAAUUGAUGAAAGAUCCUGUGAUUGUGUCAUCAGGGCAAACUUAUGAGCGAGUUUUCAUUAAGAAGUGGAUUGAUCUAGGGCUUAACGUUUGUCCGAAUACACGUCAGACUUUGGCUCAUACCAACCUAAUACCAAAUUAUACUGUGAAGGCAUUGAUUUUAAACUGGUGUGAAUUGAACAAUGUCAAGCUAGUUGAUCCUUUAGUGUCCUCAAACUUGAAUCAUUGCAGCUCAACUUCAGAAGGUUCUUCUAAUGACAUGACUUGUAGGCAAAGUUUGGAUAUUUUAAGAAUAUCACAGACAAGUUCUGAUAACAUGUCUGUUAGCUCAGAUGAAAUCAGGGCAGAUUUAGAUGGCCAAGAUUCGUCGUCACAAUCUAGAAGGGAAUCUUCCAAUGCCUUAAGCUUAGAACAAUAUCAAACUCAUGUUAGAACUGAUCUUGAUUCCACUGCAUCUUUGAAUGAGAAUUUUCCUCAAGAAACAAAAGGUGAUGACAAAGUCUUAAAAGCUCAGAUGACUCCAUCAUCAGAGGCAAGGUCUGGAAUCUUAAGUAUAUGGCAGCAACAACCAAAGAAUUUAAGGUUAGGAUCUUCACUUGUUGAAACUAGACCUAGUCCUUCUAGAAUUGAAACCCAAGUUCAGAAUUGGGCUAAAGAGUUGAAGAGCUCUUCAAUUGAUGCUCAAAGAGAAGCGACAGCAGAACUACGCCUUCUUGCUAAGCACAAUAUGGAAAAUAGAAUUAUGAUUGCAACUUGUGGAGUCAUUACUUUAUUAGUCAACCUACUCCAAUCAACUGAUACAAAGAUCCAAGAAAAUGCAGUUACGGCGCUUCUAAACUUAUCGAUCAACGACAAUAACAAAUUUGCAAUUGCAGAUGCUGGUGCAAUUGAUUCUCUAAUUCAUGUUCUUGAAACAGGAAGUCCUGAAGCCAAGGAGAAUUCUGCAGCUGCACUUUAUAGCCUAUCAAUGAUGGAAGAAAAUAGGAUUAGUAUAGGGAGAUCACGGGCAAUCAAGCCAUUGGUAGGUUUACUAGCAAAUGGAACCCCAGGAGGGAAAAAGGAUGCUUCCACUGCAUUGUUCAAUCUGUCAAUAUUUCAUGAAAACAAAGGACGGAUUGUGCAGGCCGGCGCCAUAAAGCACCUUGUGGGUUUAAUGGAUCCAGCAGCCGGAAUGGUAGACAAGGUGGUGGCCCUUUUGGCAAAUCUUGCAUCAAUUCCUGAAGGAAGAACUGAAAUUGGUCAUCAAGGUGCUAUUCCUAUUCUAGUUGAUGUAAUUGAGUUGGGUUCCGCAAGAGGGAAGGAAAAUGCAGCUGCCACUCUUCUACAUAUUUGUUCAAAUAGCACCAGGUUCUUGAGCUUAAUGAUCCAUGAAGGAGCCAUCCCACCAUUAGUAGCAUUAUCACUAUCAGGCACCCCAAGAGCCAAAGAAAAAGCACAGGCUCUACUUAACCAUUGUAGAAGUCAAAGACAUGGUAGUGCUAGAUGAGGUUGAUUUCAUUUCUACAACUUCAAAA